UUGAAAAAUAAUACUCUUCCUUAUUUGAAACUUAAAACUACCCGCGUUUACACUCACAACAUAUAUACCAUACAUAUCUGAAAAAACUCGAAGCGAGAAAAUGAAAGGAGACCUCCAAAGUACUAAUCACAACUAUCACAGUCACUAAGUGCUGUGGACAACAAUAGCAGUUUCACAUGGCUUUGCGAACUCCACCUGAAGUUUUGCUUAGGCAGUAUAUACGAUAUGGAAAAUAUACAGCAUCGCAGUAUGGAUCAACAUAUCAACCUUCAAGAUCUCAGUGCGCUUCCUCUGCUUCAAAAAACUAUAAGGCUGCUGUGUGUACUAAACUUGGUCAGCCUCUAGUCAUUAAGGAAUUCCCUUAUCCUACAGAGCUGAAAAGCAAUGAGGUGCUUAUUGCCACACAUGCCAUGGGAGUAAAUUUUGCUGACAUUUUAAUAAGUAAGGGACUGUAUCAGGAUCGUCGCAAAACUCCAUUUAUUUCAGGUUCAGAGCUCUCUGGAAAGGUGGUUGAGGUUGGUUCUGAUGUGGGUGAUUUAAAAAAUGGUGACCGAGUUAUUUUUCUGAGUUUUGCUGGGUCUUCUGCUGGGGCUUCAGAAUUUUGUGUAGUCGACAGAAAAACUGUGAUAAACAUUCCAACGACCUUGAACCUGGUAACAGCUGCAGCAACAAUUGUCUCCUAUGGUACAGCCAUGAUGGCUCUCACUUAUAAAGCCAAGUUAAAAAAGCAUGAGAAGGUUCUGGUAACAGCAGCUACUGGGGCCACUGGUCUUGCUGCAGUCGACAUAGCUAAAAACUUGUUUGAUUGCCAGGUGAUUGCAGUUUGUGGUGGAGAGGAGAAGUGCCAGUUUCUGAAGUCGCGAGGCGCUGAUUACACAAUAGAUUACAGUGUGGACAGGAUAAGGGACAAGGUCAAGGAAAUCACUCAAGGGGGAGGGGUGGAUGUUGUCAUGGAUCAAGUUGGCGGAGAAACACUGUUAGACUGCGUCAAGAGCUUGGCUUUUGAGGGGCGGGCCAUAACAGUGGGCUACAGCUCUGGAAACAUCCCCAAUGUCCCAGCUAAUCUGUUGCUGCUCAAGUCUGCUACCCUGAUGGGCGUCUACUGGGGCAGCUACGCUCAGGCCAACCCAGGGGUCUUUGGCCAGUCCAUUGCCCAGGUGCUAAAGGCAGUCGCAGAACAAAAGCUUCAGCCUUAUGUUGGGAGGACUUUUCCCCUAGAACAGAUCAAUGAAGCGUAUCAGUAUGUUUUGGACAGAAAAUCAACAGGGAAAGUUGUGGUUACAUUAAGGGAUGAAGAAUCUCCUACUCCUUUGUGAUGCUGACAUUUUUAUUUUUACACUAUUUCAAUGAAACACCAUAACAGAAGAUAAAAUACUUUUUUAGUUACUACUUCUAAUGUACCAUAUUUGUAAAAUUAUAGUUUUGUCAUUAUGAUGCCAGUUGGUUGUACAAUUUCUGGUACAUAGGAUAAUAUACCAGAAUUUCUGUUCACCUUAAAAUACAAAGUAUGGGAUGGAGUUCAAGGGGUUGAAAAAAAUAACAAACCUUCACAAUAUUCUUCAAAAAAAUAUUACUGUGAUUUGAAAAGAUACAGAAUAAAUCAUUAUUUGACUAUUUUGUUUAUUGAUGAAUUUAGAAUGGAUUGUUUCCCCUACAUUAAGUCCUGCUGUACUCUUGAUCAUUGCUCAUUUUUGGACAUGACAUUGUAUGGCAGAUAUUGACAUUAAAUGUGUAUUUUUGUCACUGACAGAUAUUGUCAUGUACUUACAUAAAGAUAUAUAUAUAUGUACUUUUUUAUUUUUUAAAUAUUUCUUUUGAGGAAAUAUCCUACUGGUCAAUGAAAAGAUGAAUUUAUGGAAAAUGUAAUGUUGGUUUAUUAAAGUUUUCUAUUUUUUC